AUAAUAAAACACCGAAGCCAUUAAAUUAAUAUUAAACCCUCACCAAAAGCAAUAAUAAUAAUAAUAAAAAAUAAAAGAAACAAAAACCUAAGAACUAAAAAGAAGAACCUUUGCUGCUUGUUUGUUCCAAGCAGUCAUUUCUCCUUCUCUUGCAAGCCAAAUAAACGUACAUAAUUGUCUCUCUCACUAAAAAAACACAAAAGUUGCAGCUGUUGAAGAAGAAGAUCUCUCACAUAUCCUUGCUUUGCUUCCCUCUCAAGCUAUUAGCUAAAAUCUCUUUCUCUCUCCUCUUUGCUGUCCAACACCUCCCCCCAUUAAAGCUUACACGAGAAAUUUGGUAAGUUUCUCACGGAAAAGAAAAUACAUACCCUUACCAGUUACCAGUAUAUAUAUAUAUAUAUAUAUACAAUAACAUACAUUAUACCUCCUCAAAAUCCAAAACAACUACUAAUAAGAAUAUCCAAAAAAGGUGGGAUUAUUUUCAGAUUUCCAGUAUUGUGAUAAUGGGGGGUUGGGAUAUUAGAGUGAGUUACUUAUGUUUAUGUAUAUGUUUGCAUUGUUGUAUUCAAUCAAGGGCAAUUUUAGACCCGCUUGAUUUCUUGGCAUUGCAAUCAAUACGGAAGUCUCUAAAAGAUGUUGCAGGGUCGAAUUUCUUCCAGUCAUGGGACUUUACAUCCGACCCGUGUAACUUCCCCGGAGUUUAUUGUGAUUCCGACAAAGUAAUCGCUCUUAAUCUCGGCGACCCGCGAGCUGGUUCACCGGGUCUUACGGGCCGCAUUGACCCGGCUAUUGGGAAGCUAUCUUCAUUAGCAGAAUUCACUAUUGUUCCGGGUCGGGUCAUGGGUAAAAUACCCGACACCAUUUCACAGUUAUCCAAUCUAAGGUUUUUCGCCGUUAGUAGAAAUUUUCUUACUGGAGAAAUUCCUCCUGGUUUUGGUGAGUUAAGAAGUUUACACACUCUUGAUUUAAGUUACAAUCAACUCACCGGUACAAUUCCUCGACCGUUGGGUUCGUUGCCGGUUCUUUCUAAUCUUAUUCUUUGUCAUAAUCAUCUUGCCGGUUCACUUCCUCCUUUUCUAUCUAAUACUCUUACCCGGGUUGACUUAAUGCAUAACAAUCUAACCGGUUCACUUGAACCAGAUUCUCUUCCUCCUUCGGUCCAGUACUUAUCACUCGGGUGGAAUAAGCUGUCAGGACCGGUUUACACCCUUUUACCCAAGUUAAACCGUUUGAAUUACCUCGACUUGAGCAUGAACCAGUUUACCGGGUUAAUCCCUUGUCAUAUAUUUACAUUUCCCAUCUCCAACCUUCAGCUACAAAGAAACCAGUUUUUCGGGCCGGUUCUUCUUGUGGAACCGGUAACAAUCGCAACCAUUGAUUUGAGCUACAAUAGAUUAUCAGGGAGAGUUUCGCCUAUGUUAUCAACGGUUCAGAAUCUAUUCUUGAAUAAUAACCGGUUCAUGGGUUCAGUUCCUAGAGAUUUUGUGGACCGGCUUAUGGAUGCUACAAUACAGACGUUAUACUUGCAGCAUAAUUAUCUGACUGGAUUUCAGAUUAAUCCGACGGCUGAGAUUCCUUUAAGCAGUGUGUUGUGUUUACAGUACAAUUGUAUGGUCCCACCUGCACAGUCAGCUUGCCCGUUGAAGGCUGGGGAUGAGAAGACACGUCCUACGGCUCAGUGUAACGAGUGGCGAGGGUAAAAUUGGAAUUUCAUGCUAGACAGGAAGUGAAUAAAGUGAGUAAAAGACAUAAAAUUAUUGUCUCAUUUAGUGAAUAGGUUUUGCUUCUCUACAUUCUUUUGUUGUGCUUUAUUUAGCUUAUAUUAUCGUGGCAAUUGGCAAAGAUUUUUGCUUUGAUUUAUUUAAUUUUUUGUAUUUCUGUUAUAGUA